AUGUCUUCUUCUGCAGAUCAACAACAAGAACAACAUCAUCACGAACAUAAUGGCCAAUGUUGUGGUGGAAAUCAUCAACAAGCACAACACUUGACUGUUAAUGAUGUAUCACCAAAUACUCUUUCUGGUGAUGAAUCAGAAUUCAAUUCGGGAUCCUCUCAUAACACAAAGAAGAAAGUCUCUGGUAUUAGUAUUAAGAAGAAAUCAUCUACUUCAUCAUUGGGUGAAGCAGGUUGUUCCCAUCAAAUUGAUUAUAGUCAACUUAGUGCUGCUAAUAAUCAAAAUCUCUCUCGUCCAGAACCAUCAGAUCCUAAUGUUUCUUACACCAUUGAAGGUUUAUUACAAAAGAAACCAGCUGGUAUUAAUGUACCUAUUCAAUUCGAAGAAGAAUUCACUGAAGAAGAACUUGUUGCUCAACAAAGUUAUGAAAAGUUGUUGAAUAACAAUAAGGAAUUUGUUUCAGACAAGUUGGGUUCUGAUCCUGACUUUUUCAAUAGAAUCAAGGAUGUUCAAAAACCAGAUUACAUGUUAAUUGGUUGCAGUGAUAGUCGUGUACCUCCUGAUCAAUUGACCAAGACCCAACCAGGUCAAAUUUUCAUUCACAGAAAUGUUGCCAACUUGGUUGUCAAUACUGAUGUUAAUGCCAUGUCAGUUUUACAAUAUGCUGUUGAAGUUUUGCAAGUUAAACACGUCAUUGUUAUGGGCCACACUCGUUGUGGUGGUGUUAUGGCUGCUUUGACAAAUAAGCAUUUGGGUUUAAUUGACCACUGGUUGAGAAAUAUUAAGGAUGUUUAUCGUCUCCACAAGGCAGAAUGGCCAACAACACAUUGUCCUGAAUUUAAGUGUUCAUUCAGAUCAAGAAGAUCACAUAAUUGA